AAGUCACGUGAGGAGAAAAAGAAACAACAGGAAACGACUUGUCUCGCGCCUAGUCAGCGAAAUGUUUUUGGGGAAGUGGGUUUAGCAGAAGGAACAGUAGAGAAAGACGUGAAAAAUCACAGCCCAGCCAAGAGAAAGCAUCACGCUGUAUCACAGCAUGCACCUGAAGAUAUGUCCUCGGCUUGAAGAAAUGCAAACAAACAGGUCGACACCUGCUUGCAUGAGCAGCAUCUUUGUGGCGUUUUCCUGAAUGCUGCAUAUCUCAGCAGGAGAUGUCUCUUUGCUGAAUUCCUCUCCCGCCGGUCUCAACCUCUAAGUGUGAUGGAGCGGCGUCUCAUGAGAAGACAGUCAGCCCGGCGCUGCUGUUCCUACAACACCUUGAAGGCCUGGUUGCCCAUCCUCUCAUGGCUGCCAAAGUACAACCUGAAGUGGCUAAAGAUGGACGUCCUCGCGGGUCUCACUGUUGGAUUGACGACUGUACCACAAGCGCUGGCUUAUGCUGAAGUGGCCGGCCUUCCUGUGCAGUUCGGACUCUAUUCGGCCUUCAUGGGGGGGUUCAUCUACACCUUUCUGGGAACCUCCAAGGAUGUGACCCUGGGCCCCACGGCCAUCAUGUCCCUCUUAUGCUCCUCUGUGGUGGGAGGGGAGCCUCACCGAGCCGUGCUGCUCAGCCUCCUCUGUGGACUCAUCCAAGCUGUGAUGGCGUUACUGAGAUUAGGUUUCCUUCUGGACUUCAUCUCUUUUCCUGUAAUAAAAGGCUUCACAUGUGCUGCUGCAGUAACUAUUGGAUUUGGCCAAGUCAAAAAUAUUCUGGGAAUCCAGGGUGUCCCUCAGCAGUUUUUCCUGGAGGUUUACUACACCUUCCACAAGAUCCCUGAGGCCAGGAUCGGUGAUGUGGUUCUUGGUCUGAUUUGUCUCGCUCUGCUGGUCACGUUGAUGUUCAUGAAGUCGAGUCUAACCUCUGACAGUGACUCCACCUGCUCCAUGUAUGCCAGGAAAGUAGUGUGGGCUGUAGCUACCAUGCGUAACGCUGCAGUGGUCAUCGCUGCAUCCCUCAUAGCAUUUUCCUGGGAGACGUAUGGUAAUCACGUUUUCACAAUCACUGGAAAAACUACCCGCGGACUGCCACCAUUCAGGCCUCCACCCACCUCUGACACUACAGCCAACGGCACCGUCGUUUCCUUUGGAGAGAUUGUGGAGGACUUUGGAGGAGGGCUAGCGGUGAUCCCCUUCAUGGGCCUGUUGGAGAGCAUUGCUAUUGCGAAAGCAUUUGCCAGUCAGAACGACUACAGGAUCGAUGCCAACCAGGAGCUGCUGGCAAUCGGAGUGACCAACAUCAUGGGCUCCUUUGUGUCAGCCUACCCUGUCACAGGCAGCUUUGGGAGGACAGCUGUGAACUCCCAGACUGGAGUUUGCACUCCAGCUGGAGGGGUUGUCACCAGUGUAAUAGUGUUGCUCUCCUUGGCCUUCCUCAUGCCGGCCUUUUAUUACAUCCCCAAAGCUUCUCUAGCUGCUGUCAUCAUCUGUGCGGUGGCUCCCAUGGUGGACUACCGUGUGGUGGCUAAGAUGUGGAGGAUACGAAAGCUGGACCUUCUCCCCUUUUUUGUGACGUUCCUGAUGAGUUUCUGGGAGGUGCAGUACGGCAUCGUAGGAGGUAUAGCUGUGUCUGGAGCCCUGCUGCUCUACAGCAUGGCCAGACCCCACAUAGAGGUGACUGAUCACGGCGUGUUGGUGAUGGAGUUGAGCAGUGGCCUCACUUUUCCUGCCACCGAGUAUCUCAGCCACAUCAUACACACUCGGGCUCUGCAGGUGUCUCCGCCGCGGUCUGUGGUGCUGGACUGCUCUCACGUCAGCGUCAUCGAUUACACAGUGAUCAGUGAGCUCAGGGACCUGCUGAGGCAGUUCAAACUCAGAGAAGUGCAUCUGAUCUUUGCCGGAUUGCAGCCCUCUAUUCUGAAGGUUCUCCUGGCAGCUGAUCUGGAGGGCCUCAGGCACAAUCACAGCAUGGACGAGGCACUGCAGAUGGAGUCGAGGAACCUUCUUGAUGACUAACACAAAAACUAUCCAGUUACAGCCUGGAGAGGAGAGAUGCCUCUAAUCUGGAAUUAUAAGGCUCUUAAGACCUCAAAAAAUCUAUAAACUACCUCCAGCGAGUAAUUUUCUUUGCAGUUUGCAGCGACCGCCACUGACCAAGUAAAGUCCCCCUUGAAUCUACUUAACUUCACUUUGGAAAUAGUGAAUCUGUUAAGUUUACACUGUCCACUGCACAAAAACUUUGGAGCACAAGUUUAAUAUAAUGUGUGUAAUUGUAAAUAAUAUAAUCUAUUAAUAUCUGGACUGUGUAAGUAAUAGUGGAUGUAUGUGGUAUAAUUUUGCUAAUAGAUGCCUGUGUGGUGUUUUAAGGUUGAAAGUCCAGAGUGGGACCAAAUAUGUCCUUAAAAACAAGAAGUUACUGAUUAAUGAACUGAGCAAAGUCAGGCUAACACAAGUGCCAUCUAUCGUUGUAUUUAUUUAUGUGUAAAAUGUACUGUAAGGCAUUAGCCUCUUAUUUUAUGUUGACAAAGAAAUGCUUCUAGGUGGGAAGAAGGAAAAACUUUUAAAACUUUUCUUAUUAUAAAUAAAUUAUUCCAGUCUUGUGAGAGACCUGGUGCACAUAGCCUCCCAGCUAAUGACAGCUGGGACAGGAUCUGUAGUUGAUGAGUGGUUAAAAAAAUGUUGAAGAUGAGUGAAUUAUAUUUUUAACCCAAAUCAUCACAUUUAUACAAAGAUUUUUACUGAAUAAAUGAUUACAAGUUA